CCAACAUCGCAAUUCGUGCAGCCUCCCCUGCCCUUGCAGGCCCCCAAGCGUCAGCUUUGACGCCCUCCGGCCAUCAUCCUGGUCAGUCCUGCAUCCCUUCCAGAUCCGCUGCCCGCCUCGGGGCUAGCGCCCUGAAGCUGCACCUUGCUGCAACUCUGCAUCCUCCUCUUCGCCCAUAUAUAAUACUCCCUGCUAUCCAGUCCACCCACAGAUGCUCCAUCCCAAGCUGCUGCUCAACCCACACUCACCAUGUUCCAAGCUGUUCCGCAGACAUACACUUCUCAGCCGUCUCCAUCGCCCCCAAUUGACGCCAUGUCCCUCCCACCUCCUCCUCCUCCUCCUUCUCAGCAGAACAGCAUCGUCACCACCAGUCCUGCCGCCGAGCAGAAGCCCCGCAAGCUGCGAGCUUCCUGCGAUGCCUGCUCCCGCGCAAAGGUCAAGUGUGACAAAGUCAGGCCUACCUGCCACCGCUGUGGCAACAUGGGCAUUUGCUGCAACUACUCGCCGUCGAUGAGGCUGGGCAAGCCGCGCAAGAACAGGAACCCAGACGGCACAAUCAUGCGCGACGUAUCGCCCGCUAGCUCCUGUGGACCGCUGGGACCGCGGCCGGACAUGAUACCCCGCACAACUUCCUACACUGCAGAGAGCUCUCCCGAGCCAACAGAUCCCUUCUUCUUCGGCCCAGCAACGCCCGAGUAUCACUUCCAGGACGCCUACAUGGCCCACGGCUACGAAGGCAGCCAGUCGCCCUAUUCGGAAGCUGGCUCCUUCGUCAGCGGCUGGUCCAACGACGACCAUAUCAUGUUCCAGAGCCCAUCCGAGAUGUUCACAAGCAUGCCACAAUUCCCCCCGCCCCCGUCACCGUAUGCGGGACAUGUUCGGUCCACCAGCGUCCAGAGCCAGCCCGAAGCGUAUGCCCCCAUGGAAGGCAUUCACUCGCCGCCAAUGGCGAGCCCGCACUAUUACGGCGGUAUGGAGCAUCAGCAAAGCCUCCCCAUAUUUUCCCACGAUAAGGUGACUGCCUCCCCUCCCCCAAUGGUUGCCGCGCCUCUUCCUACGCCUCCCACUUCGGCUACUGCUCAAAGCCACGACUGCACUCAGUUCGCCUUCCAGACACUGAACAGCCUCUACUCGCCACCAUCUUCUCAGCCUGCUGCUGGUGACUUCAACGGUGCCUCCAAUGGCCUGCCAACGCUCGACACGGUCCUCGCGACAAACAAGGCGGCCGUCGACAAGCUCUUCGUCCUGCUCGGCUGCCAGUGCUCCUCGAACCCUCACUUCUCCACGACGAUUGCUUUCACCAUCGUCAAGAUCCUGUCCUGGUAUCAAGCCAUUGCCGGAGUCAACCAGUCCGAGGGAGAAGUCAACACGCAGAUGGAGGCUUUCACCCACACGCCCAUCUCCCUCGGCGAGUUCAGGCUUGAGGGCGAGGACGAGCACACGUUCAGGACUCAACUCGUUCUUACCGAGCUGCGCAAGGUGGAGAAGCUCAUCGACAAGUUCUCGGAGCGGUACUGCAGGUCGGCCAACCCAGCCGAGACGGGCAUCGACGGCGGCGUCUACGGCGCGCUUGAGUCUCUACUGCGCACCCGCGUGCGCGACACCUUCAAGGUGACGAUGCGCACCGCGCCCGAAGAGGUCAAGAGGCAAGUUGCCUCGCGGAGCCAGAACCGCAACCGCACUCAUACGCUAUGAGCUUCCCCUUUUGAUGCGUUCUUAGCGACUGUAUAAUGUUGGCUUUCCAUGUUUGUUCUUUUUCUCCAUCUAUCUCUCUCUUGCUUCUUUCGAUAUCACGACGCGCAUCCUGGCGCCACGCACUAUAGACUUGGGUUCAUGGGUCCCCAACGGACCUGGGGUUAUCAUCAUUACUUACUACAGCUAUUGUCUAUUGGCUAGUUCGCAUUGGUAUCUUUGUCGCUACCUAAGGGUACACUGCUCUCCAGCCUCGUUGGAAUGAGAUGAUUAUUCAUUUGUACAUAUUUUUGGAAGGAGACAAGGGGCAGUGUAGCGUCACGCAGCAGCAAUAUAGGCUAUGCAAGGGAAAGUCGGCAAGCACGUGUGUGUCUUGCCCUUGGAUUGAUGAGUAGGUGCGUGUGCGAUAUGAAAUGAGAUGAAAUGAAAUGACGUUCUCAUCCUUCCGCCUCAUCCCUCUUGAGCUUAGAC